CGUCGAUUCCUCCCAAACACUCCCCUCUCGAAAAGACACGCACGAUUCUUUUUGUUCUUCCUGUGCUGUCUGUCACAAUGAAACGCAAGUUGGACGCCAACGACGUGCCCUCCCCGGAGGGCGCCGAGACCACCUCCGAGACCCAGACCGAGACCCAGACUACCCCCGAGGUCAAAGACGCCGACUUCGAAACCCUCAAUCUGGAUCCGCGAUUGCGCCAAGCCCUGAUCAAAGAGAAGUUCACCAAGCCGACGCUGGUCCAGGCCAAGGCCAUCCCUCUGGCGCUCGCCGGAAAAGACAUCCUUGCCCGUGCUAAGACCGGCUCCGGCAAGACCGCCGCCUACGUCCUCCCUAUCCUCCAGACUAUCCUUCAGAAGAAAGCUGCCGACCCCUCCCUGAAAGCCACGACGGGCCUGAUCCUCGUCCCCACCCGCGAGCUGGCGGAGCAAGUGCAGACGGUGGUGACGACGUUCGCCGCCUUCUGCGGCAAGGACAUCCGGUCGGUGAACCUGACGCAGAAGGUGUCGGACGCGGUGCAGCGCACGCUGCUGGCCGACUACCCGGACCUGGUGGUGUCGACGCCCGCGCGCGUGAUCGCCAACCUCGGCAACUCGGCGCUGUCGCUGGACAACCUGGCGCACCUGGUGAUCGACGAGGCGGAUCUGGUGCUGUCGUACGGGUACGACGAGGACAUCAACGCGCUGGCCAAGGCGAUCCCGCGCGGGGUGCAGACGUUCCUCAUGAGUGCGACGCUGACCUCGGAGGUGGAUACGCUGAAGGGCCUGUUCUGUCGGAACCCGGUCGUGUUGAAGCUGGAGGAUAAGGAGGAGCAGGGGGCUGGGGUUAGCCAGUUUGUUGUCAGAUGCGCCGAGGACGAGAAGUUCCUCCUCACCUACGUCAUCUUCAAGCUGCAGCUGAUCAAGGGCAAGGUGAUCAUCUUUGUCGGGGAUGUCGACCGCUGCUACCGCGUCAAGCUGUUCCUCGAACAAUUCGGCAUCAAGAGCUGUGUCCUCAACUCCGAGCUGCCCGUCAACUCGCGGAUCCACGUCGUCCAGGAAUUCAACAAGGGCGUGUACGAUAUCAUCAUCGCGGCCGACGACCAGGAGGUUCUCGGCGCGAAGAAAUCCAGAAAGACGAAAGACACGACUGCCGACGCAGCCGAAGCAGACGAGGAAGGACUGGUCGGCUCCAGCGACGACGAAGAGGACGUCGAAGACACCACCACCACCACCACCACCAAGAAGAGCAAGAAAGCCACGCCCGAAACGAACAGCAAACGCCGCAAAGUCUCCACCAAGGACAAGGACUACGGCAUCUCGCGCGGCAUCGACUUCCAGAACGUCGCGUGCGUGCUCAACUUCGACCUGCCCACGACGGCGAAGUCCUACACGCACCGGAUCGGCCGCACCGGCCGCGCCGGCAAGACGGGGAUGGCGCUCUCGUUCGUCGUGCCCGCCGACCAGUACGGCCGCCACAAGCCGACCUCCUUCCCGACGGCCAAGCACGACGAGACGGUCGUCGCGCGCAUCGUCAAGCGGCAGGCCAAGCUGGGCCACGAGGUCAAACCCUACCACUUCGAGAUGGCCCAGGUCGACGCCUUCCGGUACCGCAUGACCGACGCCCUGCGCGCCAUCACCCGCCUCGCCGUCCAGGAGGCCCGCGCCCGCGAGAUCCGCCAGGAGCUGAUCAAGUCGGAGAAGCUCAAGCGCCACUUCGAGGAGAACCCCGACGAGCUGCGCCAGCUCCGCCACGACGGCGAGCUCCGCGCCGCCCGCAUCCAGCCCCAUCUCAAGCACAUCCCCGAGUAUCUGAUGCCCGCCAAGGGCCGGAAGGGCAUCUCCUCCGAGACGGUCGGCUACGUCGGGUUCCGGAAGGUCGGCGGCGAGAACCGCAUCCGCAAGGCCCGCGAGAAGAAUCGCGGCAAGGGCAAGGGCGGAAGGAAGCCUGGUGGUGGUGGGCGGAAGGUCGAUCCGCUGAAGACGUUUAACCGCGGGAGGAAGUAAUCUCCCUCCUUGGACGUGGGUUAUGAGUGGCGGGGUGUGGUCUGGACUGUGAAUUGUACAUAGCUUUGGGAUUGGAUUCAUAAAAAGAAAAGUUUCACUUG